AUGUCCAAACCCACUCUCCUCCAGACUCUCCUCAACAGGCCAUCCCAGACCUAUUCCCUCCCCUCGCAAAAGGAAUACUUUUCAUCAAAGCAAGAAAUGCUCCGCAUUGCAGCCGAAACGCGUUCGCCUGGUGCGACGUCAGAUAGCAGUCAUCCUAAGACACAGCUCCCUCAGCCGGUAUCAACGGCAAAGCACAGUGAUAUUCUUGCUGCUGACAUCCCUCGUCCACGUCGGAGCAGCUCGAACUCCCAGCAGCAACGCCCACUCGCCAUCUACCAGUUGGAGCAACUCUCGGACUCUGAUUCUGAGCCAGAAGUGUUCUACACGCCAAACGAAUCCCCACGCGCAUCUAUGGCCUCCUCCGUCGUUUUUCCUGGAGCAGUUCCUCGACAACCUAGCCGUAGAUCCUUACGUGUUAUAGUUAAUGAUGAGCCUCCGUCAUCAACUUCUAUCGCACCUAUAGCAGGCCCCUCUACCCCCGCUUCCUCUUCUGCUGCGGUCACUCCGGUCACCUCACACCGAGAAAUCUCCACUCGCGGACCCUCAUCAACCUCGCGUGGAAUGGAAAAUAAAGAGCAACGCACCGCCAUCACAUCUUUCUCCACUUCCUCUCUUUCCACUAUGUCGCUCGACGGAUAUUCAGUCAUCUCCGAUCUCACCUCUGAUUCGCCUCAGCCCACAAGCCGAGAAACAGCCACCUCUACGCGUAUACCCUCCUCAGCUUCCCCGUACCUGCGCACAAGCGGGCCUGCUGCGCAAGUCAGCGAGCAACGCAACACUAUCACAUCCUACUCUACUUCCCACUCUUCCAUGUCUCUCGACGGUUAUUCAAUCUUUUCCGAUCUCAUGUCAGAUUCGACGAGGGGAACUACACCUAUGACUUCCGACGUAGGGCUUGGAAAUAAAGAGGACACAGUUGCUAUUACACCCAUCAAACCCAGGAAGAACCCGCCAUCUAAAAACUACGUCUACACAGACGAAGAUUGGGCCAAGGAGGUUCGAUGGCUUGUCCCACCCGAUCAGCAGGACGCAGCAAAAGCAACGGUCAUGCGUAAUUCCAGCAAGAAGAAGAAACAUCAAAUACAUCUAGGUCAUGGGUUUCCAUCAAAGGGCUCGAAUGAGGCUGCACCCCCUGCCGAGACCAAGCAGAAGCCCAAAUAUUUCAUUGCGACAAAUGGGACACCUGUACCGCCACAAUCUCAAAAGCACUCUCCCUCUUCUUCAUCUUCAUUCGGUACGCAGAGAAAGAUGCAGAUGCAGAUACAAAUGCCUGUAUCCAAGACAACUCCAAGUAUCAUGAUGAGUAUGGCUGCACUUCUGGAGGAAGAUGAGGAUGGAGCGAUGACGCCGAGGAUGGAGCCUGGUGCGGCGAGGGCCAUGGAGAGUGUGAGUAGGUCGGGUGUUUCGACUAGGCAAUCGAAGGAGUUUCGGUAUGGUUCUGGCUCGCAUCCGGAACGUCGGGCUUCGUAUUUUUCUUCUGCCACCACUGACGAUGUUGGAGAAUCUUCCCGACGUUUUUCAUCGUCAAGGGACAGUCGGAGUCGGAACAUAUCCUCUCCCCACGGUCAAACUCGAAGGACCACUGACGUUAAGCCACCUCUAAAAAAUCGACGCUCCCGGUCUUUGGGACACGAAAUGGGUCGUCCGUUCGAUUAUGCCGCAGAAGCCAGCGCCAACCCACAGAUGGGAGCUGGGGAGCUUCCUUCACAUGGCACGCCAGGAUACUCAACUUUAUUCCAGGCUUAUGCUCCCGGUGGUACUGCUGCAAUGGGAAGCCAUAUGAAACUGGAUGGCAAGGUCGACCUGACACGAAGUGGUGUAGCACAGACUACCAUGGCAAGCGUUGAGGUUGUAAGAGGCUUGGGAGCGACUCGCAAGGGACUCUGGAAGUUACUGGGACGUAGAAGGACAGUUUCUGGGGGAGAUGCAGUGUCGGCUAGGACCAGGAGUAAGAGUGAGGAUGCAGUGGGGUUUGUUGGGAGCAGCAGUGCGCUUGGGUUCACGAGCUACCGAAAACCGCCUGGAUACGUUCCUGGCGGGUGUGUGUUAGUGCAGGUGUGGGCGGUUGGUGUGGACGGCGUGGAUGGAAAGUUGGUUGGGGUUACGUUGGGAUCUUCAUCUGCGACGAAUGCAGAAGAGGAUCCGGAAGAGGAGGAUGGACAAGAAGAACAGGUAGCUCCUCCACGUUCUGGGUUGGGAAGAAGUGCGAGUCUGCGCUCCAGGCUUAGCAUAUCUGGCUCGAAACGAGAUGUUCAACGGUCAGCAUCAAUGAAGGCAAACGCAUCCCCAGUAUCAUUUGCACCCGUCCAGGCAGACGUUGGAUACAUACCUGGUCGAAGUUUUGUUGGUAGGGUGCUGGAGUGUGGGUGGGAGGUGAGAGAACAAGUGGUGAGGAAGGGGGAAUGGGUUGUCGGGUUGUUGGAUGUCAGGAAGUGCGGUGCCCUAACGGAAUUCAUCGUCGUCGAUCGACGCCGUAUACACCGUGUUCCACAUCCCAGGCCAGAUACCCCAUCUCCUGCAUCCUCUCAAACGAUUAGGUCUCCACCCCAGCCCUCUCUUUCCCUCGAAGAACUUGCCCUUCUUCCCUUAUGCGGCGUCUCCGCCUACCGCGCAGUCCGAACAUUCAUGUUCGCGUUCUCUUCCCUACGUGACGGGAAUUUAAGCCCAGGUGGCAAACGACCCGGGUUCGAAUUUGGCACCAGUUCUACUGUUACAAGUGGAUCUAACCUUGGGACCCGCCGGCAUGCAUCAGCUGACCACGAGAAUGGGCGUCGAAGGCGAGCUUUUGUUUUACGAGGCCAUAAUGGGGCUGGGGCAAUGGCCGUGCAAAUGCUCGUUUUACGCGGCUGGAGGGUGUCUGUACACGUCCCUUUCCCUCCUUUGCUGAGCGAAGGAGCUGGGGAGAGAUAUAUGGCGCAUAUGGAGGAGCGAGUCAGAACACUAGGUGGGGAGGAAGUGAUAUUCGACGAUGGUGGGACUGAAAGUGGGGAUGAUGGACGUGCGGCUGUUGUGCGCGUUAUUGACGGUUUGAGGGUUGACGGGGACGUCUUUGACGCGGUGCUUGAUACGAUCGGAGGGAAGGUUAUCAGGGAGGCUUCUGAGAGACUCCUGCGCUCUUGUGGAGGUGUUGAUGGCCAAAGCCCUCCUGGGAAGAGUCAGAAAACAGGAAUGGGCCAUUUCACGACGCUGGUUGGUGAUGCGCCGGAACGCACGAUACCCACUGCUGGUGACAAUUUUCGAGCUGGACUGCGGUCGCUCAAAUUCGGAGAUGGAAGUGCUGGGGCAGAUAGAGAAGAGGGCAAGGGAGGGAAAGUGGGUUACGCUUGGGUCAGCGUGGCACAGGAUGUGGAUUGGGAAGGGGAGGAUGUUGGCGAGUCAAUCGGGGCCGUGUUAAAAUUGGCAUUGGAGGAUGGUGUGCGACCUUGGACUGCAACUGUGAGAGAGGAGGACAAUGAAGACUGGACUAAAAAGAACGUUGUACCAUUUGAAAGAACGCCGAACGUCUUUGUGGAUGAAGGUCCACUGGGCUAUGGGGGAACGGUUGUCAUCAAGAUAGUUGGAUGAUACCACUUUUUGUAAAUUCCUUCGCACUUUCUCUACCCCGGGCUAAGAUCGUAUUAACACGUUUUAGAUUUUACAUGGAUUUAUUUCGUUGCCUAUACGCUGUUGUAUUCACAUACUUUAUGUACCCUCUGGAGACGAUCAUCCCGAUGCGGCUGUA